UUUACUCUUUCUGCUCUUAUUUUUACAGGAUUCGGGACAAGUCAUUCCUCUCAUCGUGGAAAGCUGUAUCAGAUUUAUCAAUUUAUAUGGUCUUCAGCAUCAGGGAAUUUUUAGAGUGUCUGGUUCCCAGGUGGAAGUCAAUGAUAUUAAGAAUUCAUUUGAGAGAGGUGAAAAUCCUUUGGCAGAUGACCAAAGUAACCAUGACAUUAACUCAGUUGCUGGAGUACUGAAGCUCUAUUUCCGAGGCCUGGAAAAUCCCGUCUUUCCUAAGGAAAGAUUUAAUGAUCUUAUUUCUUGUAUCAGAAUAGACAAUCUCUAUGAGAGGGCUCUUCAUAUCCGCAAACUCCUUCUUACUUUGCCCAGGUCUGUCCUUAUAGUGAUGAGAUACCUCUUCGCCUUCCUCAACCACCUUUCGCAGUACAGUGAUGAAAACAUGAUGGAUCCAUACAACCUGGCCAUUUGUUUUGGGCCAACCCUGAUGCCUGUUCCAGACAUACAAGACCAGGUGUCUUGUCAGGCACAUGUGAACGAGAUAAUCAAAACUAUCAUCAUCCAUCAUGAGGCUAUUUUUCCAGAUGUUAAAGAACUUGAUGGCCCAGUGUAUGAAAAAUGUAUGGCUGGAGAUGACUACUGUGACAGCCCAUACAGCGAACAUGGUACAUUAGAGGAGGUGGACCAGGAUGCUAGUACAGAGCCCCAUACCAGUGAAGACGAGUGUGAGCCCAUAGAAGCUAUAGCAAAGUUUGACUACGUUGGAAGAUCUGCACGAGAACUCUCUUUCAAGAAAGGAGCUUCCCUUCUGCUCUAUCACCGAGCAUCUGAAGACUGGUGGGAAGGAAGGCACAAUGGAAUUGAUGGCCUUGUCCCUCACCAGUACAUAGUGGUGCAGGAUAUGGAUGAUACUUUCUCAGAUACACUGAGUCAGAAAGCAGACAGUGAGGCCAGCAGCGGACCCGUAACUGAGGAUAAGUCAUCAUCAAAGGACAUGAAUUCUCCCACUGACCGUCACUCUGACGUGUAUUUAGGAAGGCAACGAAAGAGAUCAGAACCUCCGCCUCCUUUAAGACGCCCCGGCAGGAGCAGUGACGGUCACUGCCCAGUACACCCGCCUCACCCUCUCUCCAACUCGUCUGUGGAUCUAGGUUCCCCCAGCCUGGCAACUCACUGCAGUCCUAGAGCCCUCCUUCAAAAUCGCAGCCUCAAUGCCGACAGCCCUGAGAGGCGGCGUAGGCCUGGACAUGGCAGUCUCACCAACAUCAGUAGGCACGAUUCUCUAAAGAAGAUUGAUAGCCCUCCAAUUAGAAGAUCUACAUCAUCCGGUCAGUACACGGGUUUCAAUGACCAUAAACCACUGGACCCAGAGUCAAUAGCUCAGGACAUCGAGGAGACGAUGAACACGGCGCUGAAUGAGCUCCGUGAGCUGGAGCGGCAGAGCUCGGCCAAGCACGCUCCUGAUGUUGUGUUGGACACCUUGGAACAAAUGAAGAACAGCCCUACCCCUGCCACCUCCACGGAGUCACUCAGUCCUCUCCACAGUGUCGUUCUAAGGAGCUCCGAACCUCAGAUCCGCCGUAGCACUAGUUCUUCCAGUGACACCAUGAGUACUUUCAAGCCCAUGGUGGCCCCUAGAAUGGGAGUACAGCUGAAACCUCCUGCUCUUAGGCCAAAACCUAUUGUUCUUCCAAAAACAAAUCCUAGCAUAGGGCCUUCCCCUUCUUCCCAGGGUCCAGCUGACAAAUCUUGCACAAUGUAGACAGCUCAGCCACCCACAGUGCCUGGCUGGGGUAUGCUAGGGAAAGGGAUGGAGUAACAAUAGAAGUCAGGGCUCUGUGACAUCAUUUGUUCAUGUUUGUAACUGGAGAGGUUUUGUUUUUCAAUGUUUUUGAAUAUAUUGUCUGAAACUAGCUACAUUAACAUGGGCAUUUGUAUUUUGUAUGGUUUCGAUUAAAAGAAAAACUGGACAAUUGUGCAUCAUUUUAAAAAACAAACAUAGACUUACUUGAAAACUUGAUGCUGCACCAUUUGUAAUAAAAUCAACACGGAUCACAAACAGCUUGCCACGUUGUACCAUACUUCACAGUCUUACUGUAGCUAUAUAAUAACAGAUCCUGCACAAAAAUAAGGGGCGGGGGGGUCAGGGGAGGUGGGACCUCUCACUUCUGGGUCACCAAACCAAAUCUCAAGCAGGUUAGUAAGAGCUGAAAUCUAGCAUGUGAGGAUUAAGUGUCUGUGUGGAAUGUUUAAGUCAUCUCAGGCCACAUUUCUUAUUUAAGACACAGCAAAAAAAAAAUGAAAGCCAUCACCAAACCCUCACAACUCUCAUAAUUGGCACUAAGGUUAGCUUUCUUGUUGGUGGUCUCACCAGAGACAAGUGCUAGGUGAUGUGGAGAUCACAUUGCUCUCACCGGUAAAAGGCAGCAUUCCAGGUCACAGCUAAAGCACAUCUCCAGGAUAGCAUCUAGAAACUCCCUUUGCUGCCCUCUGUAGUAGUGUACCUUUUCCCAUGAAGCUAGACCUUCAUUCCCUGAUACCUCAUUUUUCACGAGAGCUGAAUUCAUUUAAAGUCCAUAGUUGAGUGAGCCAGGCUCUGGGAAGUACGUGAACCUGGCGGU